GGCGGCGGCGGCGCUGGCGCUAUAAGCGGGCGGCGGCGCCGUAAGGGGGGCGGUUGAUGCUCGGCGGCCUGCGGGCAAAAAUGUCUGCAGCAUGCGACUUUGUUGCGCUCCACACUGGGCAGAAGAUGCCUCUCAUAGGACUGGGAACUUGGAAAAGUGAACGUGGCCAAGUGAAAGAAGCGGUGAAAUAUGCCCUAAGUGUGGGUUAUCGACACAUCGAUUGUGCAGCAGCUUACAGCAAUGAAGUGGAGAUCGGUGAGGCCUUCCAGGAAUGCCUUGGGCCCAACAAGGUUAUUAAAAGGGAGGACCUGUUUGUAACAUCAAAGCUCUGGAAUACCAAGCACCACCCAGAAGAUGUAGAGCCAGCGCUAAGGAAAACACUUGGAGAUUUGAAACUGGAUUACCUGGACCUGUACCUCAUGCACUGGCCUCAUGCCUUUGAACGAGGGGACAAUCUCUUCCCAAAGAAUCCUGAUAACACGAUGCGUUAUGAUUACACUGAUUAUAAGGAUACCUGGAAGGCUAUGGAGAAGCUGGUGGAAAAAGGUCUUGUGAAAGCCAUUGGGCUGUCAAACUUCAACAGUCGUCAGAUUGAUGAUGUACUAAGUGUGGCUACUGUCAAACCAGCUGUGCUCCAGGUAGAAUGCCAUCCUUACCUAGCUCAGAAUGAGCUGAUAGCUCACUGCCAGAAACGAGGACUGGUUGUCACUGCCUACAGUCCUCUUGGUUCUCCAGAUCGCAUGUGGAAACACCCAGAUGAGCCUGUGCUUCUAGAAGAACCUGGGAUCAAAAAACUGGCAGAAAAAUACAGCAAGUCACCUGCACAGAUCAUCCUCAGAUGGCAAGGGCAGCGUAAAGUGGUUGCCAUUCCCAAGAGCGUCACUCCCGCUCGCAUUCAGCAGAAUCUCCAGGUGUUUGAUUUCAGCCUCACAGAAGAGGAGAUGAGCCACAUUGGAAGCCUGAAUAAAAACUGGCGUUACAUUGUGCCAAUGAUUACGGUGAAUGGAAAGCUAGUAGCAAGAGAUGCUGGACACCCCCAUUACCCCUUCAAUGACCCCUAUUAACCACUAGAAAAUAAGGUGUUAGAGUAACAUGCUUCUCUGCAUGCCCUUCCACAAAAUAAUUGUUGCCACAAUUUGUCAAAAAACCUGUCCAAAUGAAACCUUCACAAUGUACUGCUUCUAAUUGACCUCCUUUCUGGAGAUACUGUAGCUUCCAUGUAAAGUUUGUGGAUUUAUUAUGACAACUGCAAGCUUGCUCUUGGAAGCAUAAAAUCUUUGGGAUUUAGAUAAAGAGUGGGGGAGUCUAAAUCAAGUUCCAGACAUGUAAUUAUCAGGCUAGGGCAAUACUUUGGGUUUACUGCCUGUGAAACAGUUUUGAAAGCUUUAGUUAUUACCAUGAGGGGAAACAAAAAAGGAGUGAAGGCAUGAAAGCAUUUUAAGACUAAACAACUGCUCAGCCAUCAACUUUGAUAUGUUUAAUAUUUUUUAUACAGGGAGUAAAGUGAAAUGUGCUACAGUUGCACUAUGUCCAUAAACCAUUCAUUAAAACCCAAGUACCAGCUGUGCCCAGUGUUUUUUAUCCACUUUAGAGUACUUGUGGGACUUAGAAUUCUCUAUUUUCUUUUUCUUUUAAUUUGCCUGUAGAUUUGAGGAGAAUAAAUGCAUACCCUGGAGCAGGCCUCCAGGGCAAUCCUCUCUGUUGCUUGUCACUUCAAUAGAUUUCAGCUCUGACAAUAGCUCUGAUCAUCCUAUCACAAAAGCCUCAAAAACUUUUUAGCGAGUCUUGUAGAAAAACAUCCUGCUUUUCCCAUAAAGUUGCCCAGUGUUUCUUUACCAAAGAUGUCCAGUUUGAGUUCUGGAAGGUCACACCAUUUAGUUCCUGACUAUACAGUAAGAGCAAAGACCUGUCAAAGGACCCCUUUGAUUUUGAUGUCGCAUUUUUGACUGCUUCCUGGGUUGAUGCUUGGGAGAGCUGGUCCUAUCUCCUGUUCUACUGCUGACCUGCUGGUAACACUGGGCAAAGUCACACUUUGCCUUUCCUGUGCCUCUGUUUCGCCAUUUGCUAUAUGUCUCUGUGUUAUUCCCUGGUGGGGACUAAUUUACUGAGUCCUGAUACACUGUUGGGGAGGACUGGAACUCUAGCUCUAACAACGGUUUUAUUUUGUUUCUGUCUCUUAAUGAAUUGUCUAGCCAUCUGAGUACAAAGGGACUGAGGUGUUAGUACCUACCAGAGCUCUGAUGGUGAUACCUUCUGUGGCCUUAGCAAUGUUAACACUUUAUUUUGGUUUUCUCUACCUGUAAAAUGGGAUUAAUGUUCAUUUGCCUUGGUGCAGCCAGGGUAGCAAGGCAGAGUUUCUAAAGGCCUCUUGGAUUUAAAACAAAGGAACUCUUUCAGACCUGUUGAUGCCAUUCAGAGACAGUCAUAGGCACGACUCCUCAUUUGCUGCUUAACUGACUGUAAGUGAAAUAACACUUAUUUUUCCUGUAGCAGUAACAAACAGAAUUAGAAAAAUAAUCCUCUGUAUUCAAAUAGUUCAAAAAUUAAAGAAUUAGAUUCUUUUAGUUUUGAUAACCUCAUUUACAGUAGCCCUAUAGUAAAACUAUAUUCAUCUCAAGUGUAAUGCCUCCUCAACUAUUUCCUGCCCUGGGCCUCACAGCAUGCAGCUGAACUGGAACAAACCUGUUUAUCACUUUUUGUAAUCCUUAUGUAAAAUUUAAAGAACUUCUGUUCCUCAGUAAAGUGUUCCUAAUUUCUGCUGAAUCUACUUCAGUGGAGAAAGCCAUUACAGCUCAGUUAGGAUUCUUUACUAGACUGG